GCAGCUUCGCAUUGUGUCUGCGCGUGAAGUCAUCGGGGGAGAGUCCGAGUUGCGCAACUUUUAACCUGCGAGGGGGACUGAAUGCUUCAAACAACCUGUGACAUGGAGGUCAGCGCGGAGGCCAAGAGGAUCAUGGUGGUGGCUCUGGGGAAACUGUACAGCUCCCGCACGCAGCGCGGGGGGGUGCGGCUGCACCGCAGCCUGCUGCUGUCCCUGGUCAUGAAGUCCGCCCGGGACAUCUACCACGCGGCGCAGCCGGCGGAGGACAGCGUUGCUGCGGACCAGCCGCAGUGCACGGUGGAGGAGACGGAGUACACGGAGCCGGGGGGAGCCCGGGACCCCGGGGGUCCGGCUGCUGCCCCCGGCGGCCCCAGCACGCUCAACACGCGGAAAAGACGCGGCAAGGCGGCGGCGGAGCCGGACUUCCUGCCCUGCAAGAAAGCCAAACUCGAACACGGACUUUACUCCUGUUCGGUUCUGGUGGACUACGUGAAGUGCAGCAGUAACCUGGGGCCUUCCUCGUCCCCCAUACACCUCCACACGGCCAUAGCGGCGUGCUGAAAAAAAAAAAACCGCCGAGAUGGACUUUUUUUUGGACACGUUGUUGGGCCAUGAACGCACCAGCUGCGUUCAAGUGCUGAGUCCUGUGACCCGGGCAGUCCCAGACACGCCUCUCACCUGCCCGGACCUGCUGUGUGCCGGGCCCGGGGAGUCCUGGCGGGGGGACACGCAGGACCCGGGGGUCAUGAACACUUUCCUCCAGCUGGCUCCGGAUUGUAAAUACAACUUUGUGUCAUUGUGCUGACAGAAUAUGAAGUGUUUUCAAAAUGUAAAACAUUCAAUGGCAACAACUACCUCAUUAUUUAUUAAACGAUUUUUGUACUUAA